GUCACCAAUGUGAGCAUCACCGACAUCUGUAGCACCACGAGAACUACGCAUCUGCCGCCAAGAUGGUCGAUCUCUCCGAAGGCGUCCCUUUUUCGAAACAAAAUCUUCACGAAGGAAACCGAUAUAUCAAAAGAGGCCAAACAUUAUUCCCAUGUCCAUCCUCCGUGAACGCCUCCACUUUCUUCGACCUGGCCCCUGACGAAGAGGUCGUUUCUGUGCUUGCCAAACCAAUGGCCAGGAUUAUCCUUGAAUAUGAUUUCUCGAUUGUGACUAAAUCCGGGCAUGGGGUGCGUCCCGCUGAGGCUGAGGCCAUGAGACUUAUCUCUAGAUAUACCACCGUGCCUGCAAUGCGCUGCAGAUGGCUCCCCCUCAAAAGACCCCUUACUAGAAAAUCUCCAAUCACCACCCCGACCCCUAACCAGCGAUUCAGACCUACGGGCUCGCAUCUACGAGCGCUAUCUCCAUUGCGGGGGUAGUCGGUACGAGCACGAAUUACCCAACAUGCUGCCGAAAUCUGACCAUGCUGUGUUCGCGCAUGGGGAUAUCGCACCUCGAAACAUCAUGGUUGAUGAGAACGGUAACAUCAUAGGAAUUAUCGACUGGGAGUAUGCAGGCUGGUAUCCGGAUUAUUGGGAGUAUGCGCAGAUCAUGAGACCCGCGUUCUGGGGAGAUUGGUCGAUAUGGAUGGAGCGGACUGCUCCAGAAAGAUGGAAUUUAAGUGGCAUCAAUGCUUCUCGCAAAGUUCUGUUC